ACGUCUCGGUUUUUUCUUCGGCUAUUCAUUUAUUUAGAUUCGAAAUUUUAACCCACACACAAGGACGGCGAGUGAUCUUCUGAGAAAACCAUCAUCAGCUGAAUCGUGAAGUAGUAUUGAAUGGGAAGAAAAGGCAAUUAAAUAUCUCCCGUGACUCUCGUCUCGUCUCGUCUCUCUCUCUCUGCGCGUGUGGUCGUCAAUUUGUGCUCCAGAUCUACAAUUUCAUUCUCUUUUGCUCGUAGGGGGGGGGAAUGGAGGGCCAACGAGGAAGUAAUUCUUCACUGAGCUCUGGCAAUGGCAACGAAGUUGCAGCCGAUGCUUCUUCUUCUUCUUCUUCUUCUUGCUUUUAUGUUCCCAAUCCCUCUGGGACCGACUUCGAUGCCGAAUCCUCUGCUCUUCCUCCUCCUCUCAGCUCCCCAGCUCCUCCCUCAAUUCCUGCCGACCUCGCUGCAGCCAUUCCCCUCAUCGAUCGCUUCCAGGUUGAAGCUUUUCUGCGGCUUAUGCAGAAGCAAAUCCAGUCUGGUGGCAAGCGUGGCUUCUUCUAUUCCAAAAAGUCAUCGGGGGGCUCUCAUCUCCAAAAAGAGCGCUUCACUUUCGAGGACAUGCUUUGCUUCCAGAAGGAUCCCAUCCCCACAUCCUUGCUCAAGAUUAACAGCGAUCUCCUCAGCCGUGCUACCAAGUUGUUUAAUCUCAUCUUAAAGUAUAUGGGCGUUGAUUCUUCUACUCCACCCUCUUUAGAUGAACGCAUUCACCUUGUUGGAAAGCUUUUCAAAAAAACCUUGAAGCGUGUUGAACUCCGCGACGAACUUUUUGCCCAAAUCUCCAAACAGACUAGACAUAAUCCUGACAGGCACUACUUGAUACGAGCGUGGGAACUCAUGUACUUAUGUGCAUCCUCAAUGCCCCCUAGCAAAGAUAUCGCUGGAUAUCUCUCUGAGUAUAUCCACAAUGUCGCGCACGAUGCAACAACUGAACCAGAGGCUCUGAUUCUUUCUCUUAAUACUUCCAAGGCCUUAAAGCGCUCUAUCAAAGCUGGUCCUAGGCAUACCACCCCUUGCCGUGAAGAAAUUGAAGCUCUUUUGACCCGUAGAAAGCUUACAACCAUUGUCUUCUUUCUCGAUGAAACUUUUGAAGAAAUAUCUUAUGACAUGCCUACUACAGUCUCUGAUGCUGUUGAGGAGCUAGCUGGGACAAUUAAACUAUCAGCCUUUUCUAGCUUCGGUUUGUUUGAAUGUCGUAAAGUGGUUUCAACUUCCAAAUCAUCUGAUCCUGGAAAUGAGGAAUAUAUAGGAUUGGAUGAUAACAAGUAUAUUGGCGAUCUCCUCGCAGAAUUCAAAGCUAUUAAAGAUAGAAAUAAAGGAGAGAUACUACACUGCAAACUAGUCUUUAAAAAAAAAUUAUUCCGAGAGUCUGAUGAAGCUGUAACAGAUCUGAUGUUUGUGCAGCUUUCCUAUGUACAACUGCAACAUGACUAUUUACUAGGAAACUAUCCUGUUGGAAGGGAUGAUGCUGCUCAGCUUUGUGCCUUACAAAUUCUUGUUGGCAUUGGGUUUGUCAAUAGUCCCGAGUCAUGCAUUGACUGGACAUCACUUCUUGAGCGAUUUUUGCCGAGACAAAUAGCAAUAACCCGAGCCAAGCGUGAAUGGGAAUUGGAUAUCCUUGCUCGAUACAGUUCGAUGGAGAACGUGACCAAAGAUGAUGCAAGACAACAAUUCCUACGGAUACUGAAAGCACUGCCAUAUGGGAAUUCUGUGUUUUUUAGCGUACGCAAGAUAGAUGAUCCGAUUGGCCUUUUACCUGGACGAAUUAUUUUGGGUAUCAACAAACGUGGGGUUCACUUUUUUCGACCGGUUCCUAAAGAGUAUCUGCACUCAGCUGAAUUACGUGACAUAAUGCAAUUUGGCAGCAGCAACACUGCUGUCUUUUUCAAAAUGAGAGUUGCUGGUGUUCUUCACAUAUUUCAGUUUGAGACAAAACAGGGAGAAGAAAUCUGUGUUGCUUUACAAACACAUAUAAAUGAUGUUAUGUUGCGUCGUUACUCCAAAGCCCGAUAUGCUGCCAAUAGCUUGGUCAAUGGAGGAGAUAUAUCCUGCAGUUCUAAGCCGCAAAAUCUUGAAGUGUAUGAAAAACGUGUGCAAGAUUUGUCUAAGGCGUUUGAAGAGUCCCAGAAGAAGAAUGAUAAGUUGAUGGAUGAACUGCGAGAGAAACAUCUGCAAGAAGUUACUCUGCGUGAAGAGUUAGAAGCUAUACGCCAUAACUUAGAGCCUGAACGGAAAAAUUUGUUGGAGGUUACUUUAGACCGUGAAAAACUUAAGACGUUGUGUGAUGAGAAGGAAACAACUAUUCAAUCCUUGAUGUCUGAACUGCGAGGAACAGAAGCAAGGUUGGCAAAGUCGGGCAACACAAAAUCAAGUAAAUCAGAAUUAACUGAAAUGAAUAAUCAGAAAUUAUACAAAAUCCAAACUGAGUUAGAAGUUCGGAAUAAGGAAUUGCACAUUGCAGUUGAGAAUUCAAAGAGGUUGUUGAGUCACAACAAAAUAUUGGAGCAAAGUGUUUUCAAUAUUGAAAAUAAGAAAACAGAGGAGGUUGAAAACCAAAAGAGAUAUGAACAAGAAAGAAAGGUUUUAAAGCUUCAAGUUUCUGAACUUGAAAAUAAGCUUGAUGCCCUUACUCAAGACUUGGAUAGGGCUGAAUGUACGAUUGAAACUAAGACUUCUGAUAUGAAGCUCUUGCAGAAUAAUUUGAAAGAGCUCGAGGAGUUAAGAGAAAUGAAAGAGGACAUUGACAGAAAAAAUGAGCAAACAGCUGCCAUUUUGAAGAUGCAAGGAGCCCAACUUGCUGAGCUAGAAAUACUUUACAAGGAAGAACAAGUUCUAAGGAAAAGAUAUUACAAUACUAUAGAAGAUAUGAAGGGGAAAAUUAGAGUAUACUGUCGGAUAAGACCGCUAAAUGAAAAAGAGAGGUCAGAGAGAGAAAAACAGAUGCUAACAAGUGUGGAUGAGUUUACAGUCGAGCAUCCGUGGAAAGAUGACAAACGAAAGCAACACAUAUAUGAUCGUGUAUUUGACAUGCUUGCUAGCCAAGAUGAUGUCUUCGAAGACACAAAGUAUUUGAUACAGUCAGCUGUAGAUGGAUAUAAUGUUUGCAUCUUCGCAUAUGGUCAAACUGGUUCUGGAAAAACGUUCACAAUAUAUGGGCAUGAGAACAAUCCUGGACUCACACCUCGAGCCACGAAGGAACUUUUCAAAAUAUUAAAGCGAGAUAGCAAUAGAUUUUCAUUUUCUCUAAAGGCGUAUAUGGUGGAACUUUAUCAAGACACACUUGUAGACCUUCUGCUACCGAAAAGUGCAAGACGCUUGAAACUAGAUAUUAAAAAAGAUUCUAAGGGUAUGGUCUUUGUCGAGAAUGUGACAACUAUACCUAUAUCCACUUUGGAGGAACUGCGAAUGAUUAUUGAAAGAGGAUCUGAACGACGACAUGUUUCUGGAACAAAUAUGAAUGAAGAAAGCUCAAGAUCUCACCUAAUACUUUCGGUUGUUAUCGAAAGUAUCGAUCUUCAAACCCAGUCUGCUUCAAGGGGCAAGUUGAGUUUUGUGGAUCUUGCUGGUUCUGAGAGAGUAAAAAAGUCAGGCUCUGCUGGUUGCCAACUCAAAGAAGCUCAAAGUAUCAAUAAAUCACUUUCUGCAUUAGGUGAUGUCAUUGGUGCUUUAUCUUCAGGCAGCCAACAUAUUCCUUACAGGAAUCACAAGUUAACAAUGUUGAUGAGUGAUUCAUUGGGCGGCAAUGCCAAGACGUUAAUGUUUGUUAAUGUAUCUCCAGCCGAAUCAAAUUUGGACGAGACAUACAAUUCUCUUCUAUAUGCAUCGAGAGUGAGAAUGAUUGUGAAUGAUCCCAGCAAACAUAUUUCAUCCAAAGAGAUGGUGCGAUUGAAAAAGUUAGUAGCAUACUGGAAAGAGCAAGCUGGUAAAAAAAGUGAGGAAGAAGACUUGUUGGAGAUCGAAGAAUAUCGAACGCUAAGAGAUGAGGGAGAUAGUUGAAUAAUGCUAUGAAAUUUGUGUAGGUGAACUUGAGAUGAUAGUAUCACUGCUUUUCACCAUAUUUUUUGUAGAAAUAUCCUACUCUAAAGUAGAGUCUCUCUAUUGAAAGUGUAAUGCUAUGUCUAACUUUCUCUUUUUUCAUUACUGGGAAACAGAUCGUUGA